AUGUCUUCCACAAAAGCACCCGAGCUCGAGCUCGCGCCGUUCCUCCAGUCAGCGCUACCCCAAGAAAACAGAGCAUCAUUGCGCGACUCGGUCAUUCCUCAGCUUUUAAGCGCUAUCGCAGAUAUCGGCAAAGGAUUGAGAGGAUCAUAUGAUGUUUCCAUCGUCGGCACAGAGAACGCUUUUGGUGACGAGCAGCUAAAUGUUGAUGUUCUGGCCGAGAACAUUAUUCGUGACGGUAUUGCGAAGUCAUCGGCUAUCAAAACUGCUAGUAGUGAAGAGGAUCCCAUCGAGAAGCCAGCGCGCGCAGGAGAGACAACGCAGGCUGAUACCAGUGUUGAGCAAUACACUGUCGCUUUUGAUCCUCUUGAUGGAAGCUCUAUUAUUGGGCCCAAUUGGUCCGUGGGUACCAUUAUUGGUGUCUGGGAUGGGUUGACAGCAGUUGGCCAACCUACAGAGAAACAAAUUGCUUCUGUUCUUGGAGUAUUCGGUCCACGAACCCUCGCCAUCGUCGCCCUUCGAGUUCCAGGAACUAAGCCCGUUUGCUUCGAAGUCAGCCUCAACGACACCCAAAAGUUCGUUGUCGCUCGUCCUGAGCUUCGACUCGCCGAGCCUCCCUUUAAAACACGCUACUUCGCUCCCGCCAACCUACGAGCCGCUGCCGACAAUGAGAAGUACAUGAAUCUCGUGACAAGUUUCAUCACCGACAAGUAUACCCUACGAUACUCUGGAGGUCUUAUUCCUGAUAUCUAUCACGCUUUGGUCAAGGGUCACGGCGUGUACAUCUCACCAGUGACCUCAGCCAGCAAGGCUAAGCUGCGAAGACUUUACGAGUUGCUCCCUGUAGCGCUUGUUGUUGAGUGCGCAGAUGGACAGGCCAUCGACCCUGAGACGGGUGCGAGAGUAUUUGAUACUAUAUUGAAGGGAUGUGAUGAUAGAGCUGGAUUGGUUUGUGGAACUUUGGAGGAGGUCGAAAAAGUGAAAAAGGCAUUGUUGGGAUAG